AGUUGCAUAGGUCCGGUGGCCAUGGAUGAAGUGCUGGCUGUCCAGAGCCGGGACCCCGGGUGGACCACUAGCCUGUGCAUCGGUUGGGGACAUCUCUGCGCUGCUGACCCGUCUCCGCUCGGGAUGGUUUCCUGUUGGCCCCGCUGUGGACUGGACUCCCGCUGAUGUGUUGGAUCCACUGUGGACUGGACUUUCACAAUGUUAUGUCAGACCCACUCGACAUCCGUUGCUUUCGGUCUUCCCUAGAGGGGGGGGGUUACCCACAUAUGCGGUCCUCUCCAAGGUUUCUCAUAGUCAUUCACCGACGUCCCACUGGGGAUAUCCUGCUUCAUGAGGAGCAUGGUGAAAAGUACCAAAGGCAGCUGAAGAUCUGGUUAGGCCGACUGCUGUUGUACUCCGUUCUUCUCUACCUGAUGACCUGCAUUGUUGUCUAUUGCUGGUACCUGCCGGAACAGCUCAUGGGGCGCCUAAUCCUCUCUCUCCCUUUUGUCAUUUUUCCUUCAUUAGUGUGGUUACUUCGAAAACUCCUGAUCGUAAUUUUUUCACGAAGAACUGAAAAUAAUAAUAAAAAACUGGGGAAUCUUAAAGAGCAAAAGAAGAAAAUUAUUGAAGAAGUUAUGGAAACUGAGACGUAUAAAAAUGCUAAAAUGAUCCUGGAGAGAUUUGACCCUGAUUCCACAAAAAAAAUGGAGCUGGACUUGACUCCACUAGGACCCCAGAUGACACCUAAAUCCGGCCAAGUGCUUCGCCAGCGCAACGUGGCCCCAAAAACCCCAGAGAUGGUGGAAAAUCCUGGCGUAGUAGUGGCCCGCCCUCCUCUUGCCGGCGGGCCCACCUACUCUGGACGAUCUUCCCGCUCUGCUCCAGGUGGACCCCCAGAGAGGAACCUGUCGGCCAUCGCUGCUCAGCAGAGCUUGUUGAGGAAGCCUGUGACCCCUGGAACACCUGCUCAAGGAUUUGGGAUGUACCCACCAGGCCCGCCUUUGGCUAGACCUGUGCUUCCAAGGCAAAGAGGUGUUAUGGAGAGAGUGGUUGAGUACAUUGUUGGAGAUGGCCCACAGAACAGAUUUGCUCUCAUCUGCCAGCAGUGUCUGUCCCACAAUGGCAUGGCUUUAAAAGAGGAAUUUGAAUAUGUUGCAUUUCGAUGUGCGUAUUGUUAUUUCCUGAACCCUGCAAGGAAGACCAGACCUCAAGCCCCCAGACUCACUGAGCUCACUGCUGAGCUGAAUAUAUCACCUGAGGCACUCUCCUCAUCGUCUAAUGCCGAUGAAGACUCUUCCCAGACUCUAAAAGACUGAUUUCUGCUCGCAUAAAAGAGAAGCUGGUAAACGGUUUUCACAUCCUGUACAACAACUCUACUCAACUAGCGGCCCGCGGGCCACAUCCAACCCAUCAAAGCUUUUCAUAUGGCCCGCCAAACAUCACCCAAAUAGACUCGAUGAAACCAUUUAAACAAGGAUUGCUUGUGUAUGCAGUACUCCCUCCAACCCUCAGGGGGCAACAGUGAGGCAUGUGUGUCACAAUGAAGCAGCAGUGGGGUGAGUAGAAAAAGACUACUCAUUCAUCCAUCCAUCCAUUUUCUACCACUUGUCCCUUUUUUGGGGUCGCGGGGGGUGCUGUAGCCUAUCUCAGCUGCACAUGGGCGGAAGGCUGCGUACACCCUGACAAGUCGCCACCUCAUCACAGGGCCAACACAGAUAGACAGACAACAUUCACACCCACAUUCACACACUAGGGCCAAUUCAGUGUUGCCAAUCAACCUAUCCCUAGGUGCAUGUUUUUGGAGGUGGGAGGAAGCCGGAGUACCCGGAGGGAACCCACGCAGUCACGGGGAGAACAUGCAAACUCCACACAGAAAGAUUCCGAGCGCAGGAUCGAACUCAGGACCUUUGUAUUGUGAGGCACAUGCACUAACCCCUGUUCCACCGUGCUGCUCAUUCAACCAUAAUAAAAAUCAAAAUAAAUCGCGAAAAUCGGACAUUUAACAACAAGUGGAUAACAAAGUAUGAAUGUUCUACUUUGAGCAAGUGCUCAAGUCAUUGUUUCCUGCCGGACCUUUUAACCAAUGGACACGUUGUUCUCCACAAGCAGCAACAAUAGUAGACAUCCAUGUGUAAGCUCCAUCACAAAACUUGGUCAAGUAUAUGGAAGUAAAUAUUAAAUUUGCUUUGUAUUGAAAUUGCUGACUUGGUCAUGCCUUUUGUAUUCAUGGUCGUAUUUUUUUUUUAUCUGAGUAACUUUGGCGAUUAGAGCUUGUUUAAUACACACAACGCUAAAUUUGACCAGUAUAGGGCGAUAACGCUACACCUUAGGUUUAAUUGUAAUAAGUCACAUACCGGUCUAUUGUGUGCAAUGUUUGACUUACUUUAAUUUUUAUAUGCGUAAACAUAUGUAGUUGUGUGAAUGUAUUAACACUAACCUAUUUUUUAAAUAUAAAGUACACAAUGGACAUUAUGUAAAAUAUAGAAUGAACGCUAUACUUUUGUAAUGUUAAUUUUAUGUUUAGAUUUUCAGUCUAACAAUCCAAAAUGAAGGAAGAAGUGUAAAGAAAUAAAAACUGAGGAAAAAAGCUAGUUCAAAAGAAGGAACAUCAAUCCCCAACAAAACUUCUUGAGCUUCUGUUUCUUUAUACUGUUAACAAGCAGGCUGCACAUGCUGGAAUUGAGCUGUGAGGGCAGAAUAAUUAAUGUAAUGACAGUGCAGUGUGAAAGACGAUAUGUUUACUUUGGAAUUAAGUAAACAUAGUCUCAAUGUAAUAUAACCUGCGGAGGCACUUUCUGCCAAAACAUCCACAUUUCGAUGUCUGGCCCCUGAGCCCUGGGGCUCUUGAAACUGUGGCCCUCUUCAUUAUGUAGUUGAAUAGCCCUGCUGUAUUGUAUUCAGGUGUCCCAAUAUUUGUGUACACACAGUUCUUAGUGAAUAGGUAGUAAACAUCAGUAUUGGCAGAUGGUGAGAGUAGGGACUAUGCUACAAUGGACACACACAUACAUACAGGUAUAUACACGCACACACAAUGUAAAUAGUCAUGAAAAUAAAGAAAACGCAUUGAAUGAGAAGGUGUGUCCAAACUUUUGG